GCGGCCGGUUGCGUGCAGCCGCCGAGUUAAAGUCAACGGCAAGUCGAGGGGGCGAGAGAGAGAGAGAGAGAGAGAGAGAGAGACUUUGCAGUUGCAACAGGCGGCGGCUCCUCCUCUCUUGCGCCUUGCAAGAUCCAGAGGACUCCGGUGCGCACGAGGAAGGGACCCAUUUCUAACUGCGGGGAGCGGCGCGCUGCGAUGGGCUUGGAAUAAAAGCCUCCAGCACGUGCGGAGUGGCGCAGCGGAUCUCCCCCCCUCCCCCGACCAAACUCCCGUCCCUUCUUGACGUGCGCGCAAGUUUGGCUCCAUUCCUGCCUCCAGCUCUCGGGGCUGCCCGGCGGAGGCGGAGCACAUGAUGUACACCAUCACGAGGGGACCGAGCAAAAUAGCCACGCAGAGGCGGACAGGUCCCACGCAGCAGGUGGAGAGCAAAUUGGCGGACUUGAAAUGCCGGCGGCAGCAGCAGCAGCAGCAGCUCAACUCGUGGCCUCUCUCAAGCUCAGCUCCCAAGCUCGUGUUCAACAGGGUAAAUGGCAAAAGACCCGCGCUCAUGAUCCAGCCCACGUCAGCCACGGAAGAAAGCUACACCUUGGCUCACGAAGAAAACGUGCGGUUUGUGUAUGAAGCCUGGCAGCAGGUAGAACGGCAGCUGGAUGGCAGCCGGCAAGGAGACAGUGGAUCCGGCCCAGUGGAAUACACGGAGAAAACACCCAGCCCUGAACUGAAAGAUUUUGUGCCCAUAGACCUUGAAGACUGGUGGGCACAGCAAUUCCUGGCCAACAUCGAGAAUGGCUCUUAAUGAGGGGGUUUCGUAGAAAAGCUUAAAAUAGAAAAUAAAAUUUUACCGUAAGAAAAUGCACAGCCGUCUGAGCGGGGGGAGAAGAAGAGUGAGAUGAAAAAAUGGACCUCAGCAGUCCCACCCUCGGACCCACUCUGGGGCUGGGAAGGAACGUGACUUGCUGUCCGAAGCGGGGCUGCCUUAGAAGUGCCGGAAUUCGCGCGGCCAAGAUGACUACGGACUGCAUGCUCUGGAACUGCUAUGGCAAAGUGGGGAGGGUGGAUAUGGGCAGAGGCUGGCCACCCUGUCCUUCUCCCGCUUGGAGCUGGCACCCACACAAAGCCGGCACGGAUCUGUAAGGCCAGGACUGCGUUUGCAAUAAAAGCACCGAUGCUGCCUUAGGAGGAAUUAUUGCU